UUAAUACUAAUGCAUACGCAAAGAAAAGAUAACAGAUGAGGUGAUAAAAGGGAUUGGCGUCCGUUAAUUGAUCCAUUCUACAAGUGUGGAUGAAGUAAACGUGACAAUGAAGGUUGUCUGUGUAAUUUCAAUGCUUAUAGCAUGUUGCCAUGGGGCAGUGGUGAACAGACGGGCAGCAGUCUGUGGACAAUUCUGCCCGGAAAACUAUAGCCCUGUAUGUGGAUCAAACGGCCGGACUUACUCAAACCUUUGUUUCUUCAACAUCGCCCACUGUCACGACAACACAUUGACUCACACGUCUGGAGCCUGCGGCAUCGCCGCCACCGUUAGCAAUCUGCCAUGCCCCGCCCUCGCGUGCAUAGCCUUGUACGAUCCCGUCUGUGGUACCGACGGAAAAACAUACAGCAACUCCUGCAUGCUACACAACACCCAUUGCCACGGUGAGGUGAGCAUUGCUCACGAAGGACCCUGUAUCGGAGAUCUUGUCGUUAGUUAGAUGUUCAUGUAUAGGUGCACCGGCCACCUGGACGACGUAACAUAAUAUAUUGUCGUGUUUUCAUCGUUUGAUUGUUUCCAUAUGUUUACUAAAAAUAAAAGAAAGUUUAUUUUUA